AAGAAAGCGAGAGUUUAAAAACUCCAAGGCGAGGAGCCGAUUCCGAGACCCACAGUUAGUUCCUGGGUAUUCUGGCAGUCACCCGCAUGUAACAGACUGUAUCACAGCCUGCAGUCUUCUGCAAAGAAGGAUUUAGGAAGUGCUUUUCACACUUUAAAAGAAACAGGGAGCUAAAGGAACACGUUUCAUUGGAGGUUUGCUAAAAGUUUGUGUGUGUGCUUUUCCUGCUCAAGAACGCAUUGGGAUUUCAUGAAAAGGAUCUUUUAUUUUAAAAAAACAUACUGAACAGCUGCUAUUUGGAGUUCACCCAGUGGGAAAGAUGCAGUGCAGUCGCUUCUGGAUUUGUAUGUCAGUCCUGGUGGUCUGGGGCAGCUUUGUGGUCCCCAGUGAGUCUCAAAGGAGUUUUAACAGCAGGUCUCCAGCUCUGAACGCCAACCUGACAGCGAGCACCGCAAGGUGGGGAAGCGGGACCGCAGCCCGGCUCAGUCCCCUCUCACUGCGGCCAAGCGAUGCUGCUUCCCCCCGCAGUGCCUCCGCUAGGAUCCGGCGCCCCAUCACGUCCCGGAUUAGCGCCGUGUCGUCCCGGGAGAGCUCUCGGAUACAGUACGGGGCGGCCCGGAGCCCGGUGUGGAACGGCCAGGGAGCAACUUCAAGCCAGGAGCAGGAGCCGGCUACGGGAAAGGGUACACCUGGACGGACCGCAUUCUCUCCGGGCUCCCUGAGAAGCAGGAUCACGGCGAGUGGGUCCCAGCUGAGGAACCGGCAACUGAACAGACAGAGCCCGGGAAAGCGAACACCUCCCAGGAGGCUGAUAGGAGCUAAUGUUUGUGGAAGACAGUGCUGUUCUGGAUGGACUGUGAGCCCUGGUACAAACAGAUGUAUAAAACCCGUGUGUGAUCCGCCGUGCCAAAACAGAGGGUCGUGUUCACGUCCUCAGCUAUGUGUCUGCCGGUCAGGGUUCCAGGGUUCGAGAUGUGAAGAAAUUGUUCCAGAACAGCCCUAUGUACCUCGCGUGCUCUCAUCAAGAUCUUUCUCAUCUCGGUCAUCUGCUUUGCACUCAAAUACAUUCCAGAGGACUGAAAGCAGCACAAAAAACACAACAAGGAAUAAUAACCAACCCACUGCUGGACGUAGCACUUCAUCAAUAGGCAAAAGCUCUGUAAGUACAUCAAGUAGAUAUGGACAGCAAGUUAAUACUCAGCAAGUACCAGGAACAUCACGGACUGUGAAACACCUAUCGAAUGGGAAUGGACAGCUAAUCUCCAAUGCGUUAUUUAAUGGCAAUGGGCAGGCACGGGUUCAGAACCGUUUUACAACAAAUGGACAAACACUUGUUGAAAAUGAACAUGCAUUGCUGCGAGGGGCAAAUCUGACCACCAGUAUAGGAACAAUAAAAAUUGUCUUCACACCAACUAUUUGCAAACGCCAGUGUCUAAAUGGAAAGUGUUACAACAAUUGCAAGAAAGGUGACCCAACCACCCUUUACAGCGAAAAUGGAUAUGGUCCUGUGUCCAAAUCAGGUUUUCGAAUCUAUUUUUGCCAGAUCCCCUGCCUGAAUGGAGGAUACUGCAUUGGACGGGACAAAUGCAGAUGCCCUUCAAACUCAACAGGGAAGUUCUGCCACCUUCCGGUACCCCCUGAAAAGCAAACUGUGUCAAAGACAGCGCCUGUCCGUUCUUCAGUUUCACAGUCUGUAUACACUCUGCCUCUUUCUAACCAACAAGUUGUUAUGCUUCCAUCCUUGGUUAAUAUCCACGUAAACCACCCACCAGAGGCCACUGUACAGAUUCAUCAAGUGGCAAGAGUUAAGAACGCACCUGACUCUCUAAUCAAGAACAGCGUGAAACAUUUGCAGGAGCAACAGUCAACCCAUUCAGUUCAACAAAGGUCACAGCUUAACGCUAAUGGAAACAUAAAUGGCCAGUCCAAAACACAACCAGUGCUACAGACACCGUCCAGAACUCUGAGUGUGGGAAGAUGCUUCCAGGAAACAGUUGAUGGCCAGUGUGGAAAACCACUUCCAGGUCUCACAAAACAAGAUGAUUGUUGUGGGAGCGUAGGACUAUCAUGGGGGUUCCAUAAAUGUACAAAAUGUCCUCCAAAACCAGAAUAUCCCAAGAUACAGAAUGGCCAGGUUGAAUGUCCUUUGGGCUAUAAAAAAGUGAACCAAACAAGUUGUCAAGAUAUCAACGAAUGCCUGCUGUCAGGAAUGUGUCAAAAUGCUAACUGCUUGAACACCAGAGGUAGCUACAGAUGUACAUGUAAACCAGGGUAUAUGUUGGAUACAUCAAGGAGCCAUUGCAUCUCGGACAAAGCCGUUUCGGUAGAAAAAGGAACUUGUUUCAGAUCAUUGUCCAGAAGGAACUGCUCACUGCCUCUUUCUCAGCAGAUCACAAAACAGAUCUGCUGCUGUAGCCGCGUGGGCAAAGGAUGGGGUAAAAACUGUGAGAAGUGCCCACUCCCUGGCUCAGCUGUCUUUGACGAAAUCUGUCCAGCGGGUCAUGGCUAUCAUUACUCGAGGUCUCACGUCCAGAUUUCAGUGAGACCUGCUGAAGAACAUGAAUUAGCUCAGAUUACUUCUGAACAAUAUCUCGACAGUCAGCAGAGCACCAUCAAGGAUUCUGAUUUAACUUCAAAGGAAAAAGAUGAAUUUAUUAGGUUAGAAGGAUAUGAUACGACAAUAAAAACUCCUGAACCCUUUGCACCUGUUCAUAUUCCAAGAAUUGAUGCCUAUCCAGUGGAAGUACUAGUGAGGACCAGCCCACCUACUUUGGUGCAAAUUGUUCCUGAACCUACCCCAAGACAGGUGGCUUCAGUAUUUGCAACAGAAAUUUCAGUUGUAAAUACCUGUGACAUUUCACCAAACAUUUGUGGUCCAGGGCGUUGCAUCAAUCAGCAAGUGGGUUAUUUGUGUAACUGUGACCCAGGUUAUCAGCUGAAUGAUCAGAAAACAAAGUGCGUCGACAUUGAUGAAUGCUGGCAAAUCCCACAGUUUUGUAGCCAUGGACGAUGUGAAAAUACACUGGGAAGCUAUCGAUGCAUUUGUUCGACAGGUUUUGUGCUGAACCAACAAGGCGCUGACUGCAUAGAUAUAAAUGAGUGUGAAAGGGACCCAUGUGAAGGAAAAGGCCGUUGCAUCAAUACAGCAGGAACAUACUCCUGUUCCUGCUAUGCUGGCUAUACAUUAGCCAUUUCACAAGACAAACGAACUUGCCAAGAUAUAAAUGAAUGUGCUCAGGCUCAUUUGUGCCAUAGAGGACGUUGUAUCAACACCCCAGGUUCUUAUCACUGUGAAUGCGAAGAGGGUUACAUCAUGACUACACCAGGGCAGUGUAACGAUAUUGAUGAAUGCGAUAGCCCAAGUUCAUGUCCUACUGGAGAAUGCAUCAAUACUCUCGGUUCCUUUGAAUGUGUCAGCUGUUCAGCAGGAUACAGAGCAAUGAAUGGAAGAUGUGUAGAUGAGAAUGAAUGCUUGAUGUUUGACAUUUGUGCCAAUGGAAAUUGUAUAAAUGUGGAUGGAUCCUACCGAUGCAGUUGUAACCAAGGGUUUGAACCAGUUAAUAACCUGAAGGGCUGCAGAGAUAUCGACGAAUGUACAUCCUUUGAUGUUUGUCUCAAUGGACUUUGCACAAACACUGAGGGUUCUUAUGAAUGUUCAUCCUGCAGUCUUGGAUAUAAACUAUCAGAAGACAGACACAGAUGUGAAGAUACGAAUGAAUGCUUGAGCAAGGAUGUCUGUGGUCCAAACGGAGAAUGUGUUAACAAUGAAGGAUCCUAUUCCUGCAUUUGUGCCAGGGGUUUUACCAAUACUCCUGAUGGCACAGGCUGCCAAGAUAUUAAUGAAUGCUUGACCAGUGACGUCUGUGGUCCGAAUGGAGAAUGUAUAAACAAAGAAGGAGGAUCUUAUUACUGUCUUUGUGCUGAGGGCUAUACCACUACUACUGAGGGAACAGCCUGUGUAGAUGUGAAUGAAUGCAGUGAUGAUACUAAAUGUUCAGGAGGCCAAUGCAUAAAUACAGAUGGGUCAUAUAUGUGUAGAUGUGAUACAGGCUUCACACAUUUACCUGAAGCAGAACAAUGUAUAGAUAUCGAUGAGUGCAGUUUAUACGGCAGCUCGGUCUGUGGAGUCUGGAAAUGUGAGAAUACCAUAGGGUCCUAUCAGUGCAUUGUAAGAUGCCAACAUGGUUUCCAACGUACAGCAAUUGGAGAAUGCAUUGACAUUGAUGAGUGUAUGAAUGGAACUAUCUGUGGUACUCACGGAUAUUGCGAAAAUACUGAUGGAUCCUUCCGUUGCCAUUGUGAUCAAGGUUUUGAGAUUCCACCAGGAGGCCAAGGAUGUGUGGAUAUUAAUGAAUGCGAGAUGAUGAAUGGAGUUUGCGGAACAGCCCUGUGUGAAAAUUAUGAAGGCUCCUUCUUUUGUGUGUGCAUGGAUGAGAACGAAGACUUUGACCCAGCAAGAGGGCAGUGCCACCCUCGUGUAACAAUGGAACAAGCACAAGAGUCCAUGAUGCCAGUUCCUGCAAAGGGAGAUUUGAAGGAAUGCUACUAUAAUCUGAACAAUGAGAACUCCUGCGAUAAUUUGCUAUCCCGAAAUAUCACGAAAGAGGAAUGCUGUUGUACUGUUGGAGUUGGUUGGGGUGAUAACUGUGAAGUCCAUCCGUGUCCCAUCAUCAACACAGAUGAAUAUAAUGAAAUUUGUCCAGAAGGAAAAGGCUUUAUUCCAUUUCAGAUCGGUUCUUUCAGCUUUGGGUCACAAAGCUAUGGAGAUGCGGAUGAAUGCACAAUGUUUGGAUCAGAAAUCUGCAAGAAUGGGCAUUGUGUAAACAAUAUAGGUGACUAUGCCUGUUAUUGUGACUCUGGAUUUUACUAUAACAAUGUACGGCUGGAAUGUGUUGAUAUUGAUGAGUGCCAAGAUGAAAAUACAUGUGUGAAUGGAGAGUGUGUCAAUACACCAGGAUCUUUUAACUGCUUCUGCAGCCCACCACUUACACUGGAUGUAACCAGUAAAAAGUGUAUAAAUGGCACAGAAUUAGGAGUUAACUCUGAAGAGGUAGAUACAUAUCUAGAUAUAUGCUGGCAAGCAGUGACAGAGGAUGACAUCUGUAGCAAACCUUUGAGGACCAGAUCAACGACCUACACUGAAUGUUGCUGCUUGUAUGGAGAGGCCUGGGGUCUACAAUGUGCUUUCUGUCCCUCCAGAACAUCAGUUGACUUUGCACAGCUUUGUAAUAUUCCUAGGAUAUUUAGCGAUGGAUCAACUGGGCUCCGGGAUAGACCUGGUUAUGAAUAUGGCCCGGAAAUACCACCCUAUGGUCAGGAUUUCCAACCUGGAAUUGGAUCCUAUGACAAUUAUGUUCAGCCUGAAUAUAGACCAUAUGAUUCCCAACAGGGGCUAGAAUAUGGAGUGGGAGAUCCCUAUCUUGCACCAGGAUAUGAACAAAGAGAUCGACAACCUGGCUCAAGGUAUGAACUGAGAGAUCCUCUUCCUGCUCGUCAGUAUGGCCCAAUAGAACCUCAAUAUGGUGAAGCAUAUCGACCAAGAAAUUCACAACCUGGGUCUGAGUAUAGUUCUACAGGAUACUUACGGAUUCCACAGUACCGUCCUCAGGACCCUGGAAGAAUCCCACUGUUUAGUAGCAGUGAGAAUGAUCGUUCCAGUAGUUUUGAAGGCUUACAAGCGGAAGAGUGUGGAAUUCUGAACGGCUGUGAAAAUGGGCGAUGUGUGCGAGUACAGGAAGGAUACACCUGUGAUUGCUUUGAUGGGUUUGAGCUUGACAUGACAAAAAUGACUUGUGUAGAUAUUAAUGAAUGUGAAGAUCUGAGUGACAGCAUACCACUCUGCCGGAAUGCAAGCUGCGAAAACACAGAAGGAUCAUAUAAGUGCAUCUGUUUACCAGGCUUUGUGCUUUCCCAAUAUCCUAAUGACUGUAUACCAGAAAUAGAAACAGAACAUCAGUAAGAAUCCGGACAUUAUCACCUGGCAAUUGAAAAGGAAACACUUGGUGAUUUAUUUUAAGGAAAAUACAUGUUUAUUCUGCUUGGGAUUAUCAAUUUGAUUAUAUGUGAGAGUAACUGUUCAGUAUCACACAAAGCCACCAGUCCAACGGCACUAUCUGUAAUUUAUGUCUAUGACUUUAAAAGAAAGUGUUGAUUUGAUUUGUAACAAUUCCAUUUGUAAAAUGUACAGAGGCAAUAUGAAAUGCAACUAGCAGACAGUUAGCUGAGACUAUUAAAACUGUGUAAGGCCUUUAUGUUACUUGAAGACAUCCUGAAUGGCUCUGAAAUAAUUGACACUAAGGGAAGUGAUAAAUAUCAUUUGUUUGAGCGAGAGGUAAGAAGAAGAAUAAGUUAUUAUUAGACAUUGUCAUUUUAAAACAUGAGAAAAUAACUAGGAUAGGGUCACAUGCUUAAUUUAAAAAAAAAUAAACUUGUUCUAUUUUGAAACAAUUGCAGUGCACUUUGCUGCAUUUUCUACACUGAGAUUUUCAGAAGAAAUAUAAAUAGUCAUCUGUGUUCAAAGUCCUAUAAUCAGCCAGGGAAAAUAUACUGCAGUAUGGCUAGUCCGCCACUAGAUGGCUCUGCACAUGCUAAUUACUCUGCAUAAAACUAUAAAAUGUAAGUGCAGCAGUAGGCCAUACGGCCCUUUAAAUUUAUUCAGCAAUGAAAUUACAGCUGAUCUGAUAAUCCUCAACUUCCUUGCCUUUUCCCUGUAACCCUUGAUUCCCUCAGACUUGAAUAAUCUUAACAGCCCUGCAUCGAAAGCAUUCUGUGGUAAAGAAUUCCACAGAUUCCCAACCCUCUGAGAGAAGAAAUUCCACCUCAUCUCUGUCCUAAAUGGAUGCUUCCUUAUUCUGAGUUUAUGCCCUCUGGUCCUAGACUCUCACAUUAGGGGAAACAACCUCUCAGCACCUGUCAAGCCCCUGAAUAAUCUCAUAAGUUUCAAUAAGAUCUCUCAUUCUUCUAAAUUCUAAUGAGUAUAGACCCAACUUAUUUAAACCUCUCCUCGAAAGGACAUCACUGCAAAGCUGGUAUCAGCCUGAUGAACCUUCUCUGAACUGCCUCCAAUGUCAGUACAUUACUCCCUCGAUAAGUGAACCAAAACUGUUCACAGAAUUCUAGCUGUGAUCUGACUAUUGAAAUUGGAAGCCGGCUUUUUUUGAUUCACGCAUGAGGACCUCAAAAUCCUCUAUGCUGCAUCUUCGUACAGUUUCUCUCUAUUCAAAUAAUAUUCAACUCUUCUAUUCUUUCUGCCCAAGUGCAUAACCUCAGAGUUCCCACAGAAUAUUCCAUUUGCCCAAGUGUCUGCCCACUCGUUCAACCCGCCUAUAUCCCUAUGUUGACUCUUUGUAUUAUCCCCACUACUUGCCUUACCACCUAUUUCUGUGUCAUCCACAAACUUGGCAGUAAUACAUUCACUCUGCCAUCCAUGUCACUAAUAUAUAUUGUAAAUAACAGUGACCACAUGCUGCCAUGCUGGAAAUGCCCCUCCAAUGCCAACUGUCUUGUCUUCUGGUAGUUAGCCAAUCCUUUACCAAUGCUAAUACAUAUUUCCCCAACAUCAUGCCCUCUUAGCAGAUUAAGUAACUUUAUCAAUUCUUUUUAUUCAUUCAUGGGCUGAGGACAUCACUGACCCGGCAGCAUUUAUUGCCCAUCCCAGAGACCAGUUACGAGAAGCCACAUGUAGUUCAACCAGGUAAGGAUGGCAGUUUGAUUCCCCUAAGGGAGACUAGUGAACCAGAUGGGAUUUUCUUUCCCUAGUAGUCAGCAAUGGUUUUAUGGUGAUCAUUAGUCUUUUCAUUCCAGACUUUUUAUUGAAUUCAAAUUCCACCACCUGCCAUGGAGGGAUUCAAACCUGCAUCCCCAGAACAUUAUCUAUUUCUCUGGAUUAACAGUCCAGCGAUAACAUCACUAGGACAAAGCAUCCCCAGAAAUGUCUUCUGGAAAUCCAAAUAUAUUGCAUCUACUGGUUCUGCUACAUCGACUUGCUUGUUACCUCCUCAAAUUCCAGUAAAUUUGGGAGAAAGGACUUCCCCUUCAUGCUGACUCUGCUUGAUUGUAUCCUAUAUUUCUAAAUGUUCUGCUAAAAGUUCCUUUAUCAUAGUUUCUAACAUCUUCCCAAUAACUGACGUUAAUCUAACCGGCCCACAGCUCCCUAUGACUCUUUACCUCACCCUCUUUUUUGAAUAACAUUUGAUUUCAAAGCAUUCCUGAAAGCCUACAGGCUAUUAGUGCUGUAUCAGACAGGUUUCCUUUGGAUUGAUACAAAUGUGCCAGUAAGAUUUUAUUAUAACCACCCAUUUACAAUUUUCAGUUCCUUUCCACUGAAAUCCACAUUCUAGAAGUAUUGUGCAAAAUUAAUAUAAACUGACCAUGUUAGCAGAAAAUUAUCUUGUUCAACAUUUAACCCAUUUCUAUUAAAUGGGUAAUGUCUACCAAAACAGCAUACAAAGUAAUUUCAUACCACCUCAUUAAACAUUCCAAUUCUAAUAUUGCAACACAUAACUUCUGGGCUCAUCUCUUUAAAGCUAUAAGUAUUUUUUUAUUCUUAGUUUUAGUUUGUUUUGCUUCUUGGAAAAAAACCUCCUGUUUUAUUCUUAUUACUCGUUAUAUAUACAUGCUCACACCUCUUUAGAUGCCAUAAGCAAAAUAUUUCAGUGAAUUAUAAUAAUUUUCAGUGAAAACAGUAAUAUAAGAAAAACUACAUAACAGGGUAUUUUAAGACAAGUGCACCCCUCAACCCCAAUACAAAUUAUGACUGCUAAUGGGAAUCUACUGGGAAUUUAGGCAGUAAAGCUGAGAGUUUGGGAGAUUGGACUCCCAAUUUCCUAACGUACUCUGCAGUAAAUAAAUGCCCCAACAGGGGAUUCAAAUGCAGAUACAUAUUUAUCAUGACUCUACUGCUGUUGCUUCCUAAAACUGAAAGGUCAGGAGAGAGCAAUCAAAACUAGUCAUACAAGAAGUGCAAAUGUGUGAGACGAAUUAACAUCAUAGCUCAAGAUCUGCGCCUAAUGUUAAUACAAAAGCUCCCAAAAUAUACUCAGUUGCGAAGCAAUGAUGUAAAAUAGAUGGUGAACUUUCACAAUAGGAUAAUGAUCUUAAUAAUAAUCAAACCCUAAUAAUGCCUUUUUACCUCAAGUUGUUUUUGAAGGAAAUACAAAAUAAAUUUCACAAGUACAAUGUCACCUAUUUACAAAGUCAGAAUUUUCUUGAUUGGAGGAAGCAGGUUUGAGUGAGGCAUUCAAGAGAGCAUUGGAUGUUUUUUAAACAGUAAUAGAGUGCAGGGUAAUGGAGAAAAGGCAGGAGGUUGAGGUUGGAUGUCAGGUGCAGGCACCAUGAGCCAAAGGGCAUCCUUCUGUUCCAUAAUAACUCAGUAAUUCCGGUUAGUGUAAAGCUCCAUUAAUUUACUUAUGCAGGCAAUAUGUUUCAUUUCACAUAAUUAGAGAUAAAAUCUGCCUUCUCGUCAGCCUCAUUAAAAAUAUGUAUGGAUCUCAUAUUAGGAUUGGAUGACAGACAAAAUGAAAUGGACCUCACAGUAGCACCUUGGACGAAUUGCUGUAAUUGUGUUGUUUUGGGGCCAGCAAGCAUGUCAGUUACUUCCUACUCAAUGCAACACACAGCAAACAUUCAGUUUAUAGAAGAGGUUAGAGAACAGUAAGCUGGAUUCUGCCAUGCAUGCCAUUCAACAACUUGCUAAGAUAAGGGUCUACAGCACAGAAAAAGGGCUACUGAGCCCAUUGAGUUUGUGCUGACUCUCUGUCACCUUUCACACAGAAAACACCUACUUAUCUUUAAUUUGCAUAUAUCCAAGGUUUACUGUGCCACAUUGUCUCCUGAACCAGCCCCCUAAGGGUACAUGUGUUAUUCAAGCAUGACAUUAGUGAUAUUCAGAGGUUCUGCAUCCAUGCAAUGAUCCUCUCACAAAUGUUCUCAACAUGGUGAAAGAUAUCUAGACUGAAAUACUGAACAUUAAAAAAAAGUCAGAUAAGGUCUUAACCUAAAUAAUUGUUGUGGUGGCCUAAAUUCCAAAACAUGUUAACAGCCAAAAUUAGAGCUGGAGUUUUAACAAAUUGUUUAAACAAAUUGGCUUACAGAAGCUACCUUAAAAUAAAUUCGCUAUCUAAAUUUCAAAAGAAUAAAAGUGCAUUUAUUAAAACUAAUCUUCUAAAGUUUUAUUUCUGGAGAUAUAUAUGAAAUGAUAGCAUUCUAAAUAAAAAUCCUUUCCUUGCCCCCUCAAGUAAUGUUUUUUCUAUUAUUUAUGUGAUAAGGUGGCAGAUAUAUGGUGCAGUAUUGAUUGCUGCUAGUAUUGUCCUCAGUUUAAUUGGAUUUCAGGUACCUUAGCACCUUGAGUUAUGUUAAUGUUCUAUGCACUGAAUUUGCAAUUGCUGAUAAAGAACAAAUUUAAAAUAAAACUUAGAAAUCUCAUUACACAAUACAUCCAGAGGAAGAUUCAAACUAGUGCUAAGCUGCUCAUAAAUUGAUUGAAUUAUAACUUUCACAAAAGCUAUUCAUUGUUUUAGGAUACCCAAUGGAAAAUCUCACGUAACAAGAAGGGAGUAAAUUACCUUAAGACAAGAUGUAAAUUAUUUUGAAUAGUUCAAAAUUGGAUUUUAAUACAGAAUCAUUAUUUGGCGGUUUUCUUUUAUAAAGCUGCUAUUAACAUAUGAAUGUACUUCAAUUUUAUUAUUACUUUGCUUAGGAAAUUUACCUCAAUUGCUUUGGACAUGAAUAACAUGAUCUUUCUUUACUUCACAUUUUUUCUCCAUUAUGUUCUCUGUUGAAGCUGUUGUUUCUAUUGUAGUUGAUUCAAGUGCAUCCAUAGUUGAGGAGUUAUCCUUCAUAUUUAAACCCCUGUACUUAAAAAAAACUGUUCAAUAAUGAAGCAUCACAGUUUGGUCUUGUCUCUGGCAUCACCUAAUGAACUGUGCUGGAUGGUGAUUAGAAAUUCAGAUCACUUUACUUUCCUAAACACAGAGAAGCUGAUGCCAAUUAUUUAACGCUGAUUAUUUCCCUGCUGAGAUCAGAUAUGGAAAUAAAGUCAAAUCUGGAACCAAUAUUGCUCAACAACUCUCUGAGUACACUUGUUGAAUCACAAAGGAACCAAAUUAUGUUUUAAAGCUACAGCAAGAUUUUCAUUACACAUAAUUUAAGGACCAUAUUGAUUUUUAUGAGCUCAGAUAUGUAUGACAAAUGAGCUGUCCAAAUAGUUCUUUUGCAGCCUGUAAAUUAAUUCAUUUCAAAUUUCAAUUGUCUUGCACAUAAUAUGAAUUUGUUGCGAAUUAACUCCCAAGUCUAAUCAGUGCUAAACAAGGGACAGGUAAAUUAUUGAAAAUCUCAAGUGAACAAAACAUUUUUUUUCUUUUGUCUGUGUAUUUCGUUUUUUUUAGUUAAUAAUAAGCUCUGAUAUGCCUUGUAAAUCGUACUUGCUUCUAAAACAUCUGUAAAGCUACACCUGAUUCCUGUACAUGUUUUGUGGAUACAAGUACCAUUCUCAAAAACAUAGAGCAUAUGUUUUGUACAGAUUUAUAUACAAAAUACAAUGUAUUUAAUGUUUUAGGUAAGAUAAAUGUUAGAUAUUUAGUAACAACAUUGUAAUUGUUUCCAGUUCAGACUUUAUUCUUUUUACAAGUGAUCUGGCUAUAAAUUCUAGUAUCUCAUGCUGAAAAUUUGAAGUAAGUGCCUUAGCCAUAUUUCAUUUUGCUUUUGUUUCCUGUUGCAAAACAUAAUUUGUUCUACACUGUAUCAUUUAAAGUGCAAAUCCUCUGCCCUGUGAAGCAGUUUUGGGUACUUGUUAUAGAUCAACCAACAACAUCUAUUUCUCAUUGUCAACAUGAGUUGCAACUGAAGUGGUAAUUUUUCAAAUCUUCACUGCUUCAAUCUAAAGAUCAGAAGAUACUAAGCAGUGUGGAUCUGAGUUCUUGUGUUUCUUGGUGGGAAAGGAAAUUGUUGCUUAAACCAACAUAAAACUUCAGUAUUGCUAAGAAAAGAUCUACUGUUGAUGACAUUCAUCUUGACUGUUACAGGUUGGACAUCAGCACACCCUUUGGUAUAAGACCAUAAGAAAGAGGAACAGGAGUAGGCCAUUCGGCCUAUCGAGCCUACCCCACUAUUCAAUAUGAUCAUGGCUGACCUGACAUUCCUCACUCCUACACUCCUGUCCCUUCCCUGUAACUCUUGAUUCACCUACUGGUCAAGAAUCUGUUUCAGCCUUAAAUAUACACAAGAAGUUUGCUGCCAGAGCACAAGUUAUAUUGUCUUUCCUAAUGAGUGUAAGGCAAAAACCUUUGACAGCAUGUUUCCUUUUUCAGAAAGAAGAAAAAUACUCCUUAAUUAUCCACACAGUUGAAACUUCAUACAAGGACUUGCAUGAGAAUCUUAAUUGUUCCUGAGUAUAUUCAUUGUCAGGAAUUGUAUCAUGUUGCAUUUUGUUAGUCCAUUUUAUUCACAAAACUACAAUAUUUAUAUAUUGUUUUUACAUUACCACUGCACAUAAUUCUACAGGUAUAUUAAAUGGAUCUUUAAACUAUUUACAUCACGUUGUCUAAUAAUCAAGUUUGCACUGAGAUUUGUCUUUAUUGGUACUUUGUGCAACCAAAAACCAUGUGCAAAAAAAAGUGUAUUCUUCUUGAGCAGGCUGUCAUCUACUUUAAUAAUUCCUUCUCAUACAGCAUCUUUGCCAUCAGUCUGAUAACCUGGGAACUGGUAUUGGUUGUUUUAUGGUUUUUAUUUAUCAGUGGACAUGCAACCUACAAAUGCUGAACUACAUUUACAAUCUGCAUUAUUUGCAAAAUAAAAACAGCUGCUAAAAAGCACUGGCUGUUUCCCCAGGAGUUUUCCAGCCACUGUGAAAUACUGCUCCCACACAUUCUCCACAUCUGGGUUCUUGCAGCAAAGAUGUAAAGCAAACUUUUACACAAUUUGCAUUGCACAAAAUUUAUUUUAAUCUGGGAAAAUUAGCUUUAAUCUGAUUUCUGAUCUGAUAUGCAAUAUGCUUUAAAAUAUAGAUUGAGAAAUGAAGCAAAUCAAAUAAAAUUAAAGAACAUACUAGAGGUGGAGUGGGGAUCAGUAUCUGCACAGGAAAAUACUGGAUAUCUACCAGCGCUUUCAAUAUUUUGCUUGCUCUGUUGAUAAUGGACAUGUUUCUUGCUGCUCGGUAUAUCUGCAAUACCAGACUUUCCCGUAAGGUGGCAUGUUGCUUCCUUGAUUUAAAAAAAGUCACUUCCUGGCAUUAGCUGGGACCUUAUUCAACUUGUUGAGUUUGUCUUGUUCCAGUCAUUAUAUCAAUUUACUGCAUUGGCUAGUCACUUGUGGUUUUGACGCUGCCUAUAGACACUGUCUCUGUUCAAAAGUGGGGCUAUUGUCUAGAAAGUCGACCACCCAACAGACACAAAUUUGUCACUUUCAACCUUGACAAUAAAACUGGCUGUAACUCCA